UCAGGCUGGGACUGUACCACGCCAUCACGUAACUUUCCCACACGUUUUCACGAGUUUAGUUUGUGUUGCUGAACGCAAAUAUCCACUGGAGUUUGACUUUGCGGAAUUAAUAAGAGUUGCGGAGUGGGGCGCCGACGAAAAUAAAUAUUAGACGAUUACACCGCGCGUUCCUAAGUGAAAAACUUGUUGAGUGCUUGUGGAGACUGUGUAUCAAAUUUGCUGUUUGUCUUAACAACGUGAUUAUGACUUUCAGAUGAUCAUCUAUAUGAGUUAUUUGCGUAAAUGUAGCUGUAAUGAAAAUGUUAACGAACAGAAGACAUAGAAGAAUACAAUAAUUCAAAAUGAGAAGGUCGAGACGGAUGAAAAGCGAUGGUAGAAGGCAGCAUAGGACGGUGACACGCUGAGGCAAGAUGACGGCGCACACGCGGCACGGCGGACCCCUUGCGCGCCUUCUAGUGCUGGCUGUUCUACAUGUCAAUUUUGUUGCCUUAGGUCUGGAGCCGGACUUCCUUUAUCCUCUGGAGAACGUGACGAUCGCCCAGGGCAGGGACGCCAUGUUCACAUGUGUGGUCAAUAACCUUGGCGGUUAUAGGGUGAGUGGCGACUCCGCCACUGCCAGGGUAGCAUGGAUCAAGGCGGACACGAAGGCAAUUCUGGCUAUCCAUGAACACGUCAUCACAAACAACGCCAGACUCAGCGUAACCCAUAACGACUUCAACACUUGGACACUAAACAUCCGAGGGGUCACCAGGGAGGACAGAGGACAAUAUAUGUGCCAAGUUAAUACAGAUCCAAUGAAAAUGCAGACUGCAUUCCUGGAAGUAGUAAUACCUCCAGAUAUCAUCAAUGAAGAAACGUCAGGAGACAUGAUGAUUCCCGAAGGUGGUUCAGCCAAGCUGAUCUGCAAGGCCAGAGGUUACCCUCCACCUAAAAUAGUUUGGAGGAGGGAGGACGGAGGAGACAUAAUAUCCAGGGGAGGACCACAGGGCAAAACGAAAGUGACGUCACUAGAAGGUGACAUAGUGAACCUGUCGAAGGUGACGCGUUCGGAAAUGGGCGCGUACCUGUGUAUCGCCGCGAACGGAGUGCCCCCUUCCGUCAGCAAGAGGAUAAUGCUGCACGUGCAUUUCCAUCCCUUAGUACAAGUGCCAAAUCAGUUGGUGGGGGCGCCCAGCGGGACUGACGUCACGCUGCAGUGCCACGUGGAAGCUUCACCUAAAGCCAUCAACUACUGGACCAGAGAAAACGGUGAAAUGAUAAUAUCGAACGACAAGUACCACAUGAGCGAGAUAAACAGUUCGGCGUACAGCGUGCAGAUGCGACUCGUGAUCAGAAACAUACAGAGAAGUGACCUCGGCGGGUAUAAGUGCAUCUCUAAGAAUUCUAUUGGCGACGCCGAGGGGAAUAUUAGAUUGUAUGAAAUGGAAUUACCUAACCGCAAGUUCCGGGACGAUGAUGACCGGGACGAUUCUUUGGAGGAGACCAACGACGUGAGGUCUACUCUCCAAGGCUCCCUACGCGAAGGAGGGCCCCGCUCCGAAGACCCAGGGUUCCUCGGCGGCGGGGGGCUCUCCCUGUCCACGGGGCCCAAAGGCGCCCCUUUGACAGUCUUUCUAAUAACAACAACAGUACUUGUAUGCUAAACUUUUCUUUUAAAAGCCAUGCCCCAAGUUAAAAGUGAAACGAAGAAACGCUUACGUAACAUGUUUAUUGUUCUUCCAACUUCCAACACGAGUUUCUCGUUUCGUUUUCGAUAUUCAAAUUAAAUUAUUCUCAAUAACGUGUGCGUUUUAUUGCAACGUUUUUAUGAAAGUUAGUAAAUUUCUAUCACUAUAAUAAAACGCCAAUACCAUUUAGUUUUAUAAAUGUAAAAUUUUUGGAUCCUUUCGACUAUACUGGGUACACUGGCAGGUAGGUAUACGAUACCUGAUCUCAUCUGCGACUAACUUAACAUAUUGUGCAUUGCAUGGCUUCCUUGUAUAUAUAUUAUAUUAGUAACAUGUAUACAUGAAUGGACAUAAAAUGGUGUAGUUACCGAAUAGCCUAAAAAUUAUCAAUGGAGUAUAAUAAUGUUGAAUGGACAAUUCAAAGUGAUUGUGUCGUUGUAUAGGUUAUAAUAAAAUAGUAAACAGUUAUCGAACCAAGCUUAAAAAGUAAAUGCUUAAUAAUAUAUUAACCAUCCAAGACGAUGUAAAUAUUUACUGAAUAGGGGUAACUCGUAAUGUUUUUAAAUUUUGUAAAAUGAUGUUAAGUCAAUGUAUUAAUUUUACAAAAAGUUUUGUUAUUUAUCUAUUCAUUUCAUUAUUUUCCUUAAUAAUGCGAAAUUAUAUUUUUUGUCAUUUAAUUAAUUUAUUCUCUGUCUACCCCGCAAGGUAUAAAUAGGUGACUAUAGGUAUGUAUGUAUGUAAUUAAUUUAUGAAUUCUUUUUAAAAUAUAAUCACGGAUUCAAUAUGAUAUAGUUACUUUUUCAUAUCACAUUAUUUAUAAACUGAUUAUCAAUUAUCAAAACCAAUACAUUGGGGCGAGAUCUUAAAAGAAUAUUAAAUUGUGUUGUUUUAUAAACAAAAUUAUAAAAUGUUAAAGUAUAUAAGUAUGUACAUAAUGUAACUUAGAUAAUGUAUUUAAAAAAAAAUGUUUUUAUUUAUACUCAGAUUUUUUUAAAUUUAUUUAUGAUUGUAUUUUUAUAAUUAAAUAGUACGUUUUGGUGCGGGAUGUAAAUUUUUAGUGAUAUGUUAAAAUGUAUGACUAGUGUAUUUGUAAAU